AUGGGCGGAGUCGCAUCCGUGCCGACAGACUCGCAAGAUGUCCAGGUAAUCUCGGCGGGCUACUCCCGGACAGGCACCGUGUCCAUGUCCCUGGCCUUGGACAAGCUCCUGGACGGUCCGAUUCUCCAUGGUGGCACGCAGAUCCUGGUGCGUGGCGACGACUACUGCAGCACAUGGAUCAAGGCAUACGAGGCUAGAAACGCCGGGGUCAAGAAGCAGACCCUGAAGCUUGUCCGUGAGGCCACGGCGGGCUUCGUAGGCACUGCAGACUUGCCGCCAGCUGAUUUUAUUCCCGAGAUGAUGGAGAUAUACCCCAAUGCGAGAGUGGUCCUCGUUCGGAGGGACCCGGUCAAGUGGUGGAACAGUAUCGCCGCUCUUACUAGCCGAACGACGCCGGCAUGGCUCGGUAUCGUGCUAGCCCCUAUUCCUGGAUGGAGGUACAUCCCAUCUUUUGCGAAUGAAUACAGCCGCUCCACACUGCAGCUCGCCGGACUGAGUGUGACCGAAACCACAGCUAAUCCAGCCGAAUUAAUCAAAAGAGGUGGUCCUCAUAUUUUGGAAGCGCAUCACAAUAAAGUGCGAUCUGUCGUUCCAAAAGACCAGCUCCUGGAGAUGGACUUGGGCGAGGGCUGGGCCCCUCUGUGUAAAUUCUUGGGUGUGCCGGUCCCUGAUGAGCCAUUCCCGAGGACAAACGACGCCGCCGCGGCGGAUAGCUAUGCUACCAAAGUUCUGCUCAAGGUUCUCGCAGUCUGGACUGGCAUUUUAUCAGUGACGGGAACUACGCUGUACGGGCUCUGGCUAUUGAAGAGGAUGGCGUCUUGA